AACCUUUUUUAAAGGCAUCUUUUUCUCCCAUUAACUUCAACACACCACAAAUUUCCUUUUUUCUCACAAUUCUUUGACUUUUUAUUCAAAGAUAAAGAAAAAUCAAAGAAGAAAAAGGGGUUGGUCAAAGUUUAUGGCUAAAUCUUCCUUUUCUGUAUAUGGGUUUUGAUUUCAGAUUGUGGAUCAGAAAUUUCCUAAAAGUUUGAAGCUUUGUGGAUAUUGUUACUUGAAUUACUGGAGGUUAUUCAAAGAUGGAUUUGAAUACUGAGGAGAAAAAUGAAGAGGUAAAUAAAAAUGAGAAUUUGGAUGAUCAAGAAUUGGAACUUUUGAACAACAUGGAAACAAAGAGUCCUGGAAGUAUAAGUAGCAAAGAUAUGAUCUUCAGGGCUGACAAAAUUGAUUUAAAAAGCUUGGAUGUUCAAUUGGAAAAGCACUUGAGCCGCGUUUGGUCGAGCAAUUUAGAGAGACCUAACCAAAGACCUAAGGAAGUAUGGGAGAUUGAUCCUAAUAAGUUGGAAAUAAGGUAUCUUGUAGCUAAGGGUACCUAUGGUACCGUUUAUCGCGGUAGCUAUGAUGAUCAAGAUGUUGCAGUUAAACUGUUGGACUGGGGAGAGGAUGGCAUGGCCACAGCUGCUGAAACUGCUUCUCUACGGGCAUCAUUUCAGCAGGAGGUUGCUGUUUGGCACAAACUUGACCAUCCAAAUGUUACAAAAUUCGUCGGUGCUUCUAUGGGAACUUCAAAUCUCAAGAUUCCUUCGAAGAAUCCUUCUGAGGGUUACACCACCUAUCCUGCUCGGGCUUGUUGCGUUCUUGUCGAAUUUCUCCAUGGUGGAACAUUGAAAAACUACCUGUUCAAAAACAGGAAAAAGAAACUCGCCUUUAAGAUUGUCAUUCAGCUUGCUCUUGAUUUGUCUAGAGGGCUGAGCUAUUUGCACUCAAAAAAGAUUGUACAUCGUGAUGUGAAAGCUGAAAACAUGUUGUUAGACACUAGUAGAAAUCUCAAAAUUGCUGAUUUUGGAGUUGCUCGUGUUGAAGCACAAAAUCCCAGAGACAUGACUGGGGAAACUGGAACCCUUGGGUACAUGGCCCCGGAGGUACUUGAUGGAAAGCCCUACAACAGAAAAUGUGAUGUAUAUAGCUUUGGUAUUUGCUUAUGGGAAAUUUAUUGCUGUGAUCUCCCAUAUACAGAUCUAAGUUUUGCUGAAGUUUCUUCUGCAGUUGUUAGACAGAAUUUGCGACCAGAAAUCCCACGAUGUUGUCCAAGUUCUCUAGCACAUAUCAUGAAGAAAUGCUGGGACGUAAAUCCAGACAAACGACCUGAAAUGGAUGAGGUAGUGAAAUUGUUGGAAGCGAUUGACACAAGCAAAGGAGGAGGAAUGAUACCCGAAGACCAAGCUGGUGGCUGUUUCUGCUUUGCUCCUACUAGGGGUCCAUAAUCUUUGUUCCGUUAUUUGUUUAGCCCCGUUGGUCAAGUUGAUGAAAUUGUACUGUUAAUUCAUUGGGUUGCUUGAAUGUUUCGAGCAAGAAUGUUGGAAGAUCGUUUUCAAUUGUCGUGAACGAGUAUAGCUGGUGAAAAGUUCAAGAUUUUUAAGUUU